UUUGUUUGUUUCAGGGUCGAUGUAAUAGAGAGAAACCACCGUGCAAAUAUUUCCAUCCUCCACAGCACCUCAAGGAUCAAUUGUUAAUCAACGGCAGAAACCACUUAGCUCUUAAGAACGCUCUUAUGCAACAAAUGGGUCUGUCACCUGGACAAGCUUUAGUUCCAGGACAAGUUCAAGCAGUCGUGGAUGCGCCACUAGACUGCCUUCCCCUGACCUUCUUCCCCCAACUGUCUAUGACAAUCGAAGAGCAGUAUGCACUUAUGGCCGCUAACCCCUACCUCACGGGUAUGCCUCAAGUCGGAAGCACGUACAGUCCGUACUUCGCCCCGGGACCCAUCAUGCCCACGAUAAUGGGCCCGGAUCCUACGGGCGUGGGUUCCCCACUCGGCGUGGUACCACAGACCGUGGUGCAACAGAAGAUGCCUCGCUCCGACAGAUUAGAGGUGUGCCGUGAGUACCAGCGCGGGGCGUGCAAGCGCGCCGAGUCGGAAUGUCGCUUUGCGCAUCCCGCCGACUCUGUGACUGCCAACGAGGACGGUACUGUCACUGUCUGCAUGGACGCAGUCAAGGGCCGCUGCAACCGCGACCCCUGCCGCUAUUUCCAUCCCCCUCUGCACCUCCAAGCCCAAAUCAAGGCCGCACAGUCGCGGGCUAGCGCGAUGGACAUGAAAUCUGUUGGAUCGUUUUACUAUGAAAAUUUUGCCUUCCCGGCAGGAAUGGUACCGUACAAACGGCCAGCGGCAGACAAAUCAGGCGUACCGGUGUACCAACCGAACGCAACCACCUACCAACAACUGAUGCAGUUGCAACAGCCCUUCGUCCCCGUGUCAUGUGAGUAUUCCACCUCCCCCGCUCCUCCACCGACCUCUUCUUGCGCUUCGCCCACAGUUCCCGAGGCCUCCCAAUCCCACGCCUCUUCCCCAGUGUCUCAGGCUUCUCAGAUCUCUCAGAUAACGCUUCAUCAACAACAACAGCAACAACAACAACAACAUCAACAGUCUUUACAACAAUCAAUACACCAGAGUAAGAAAGAAGCCGAGACAGUGACCCUAACAACCACCACAGCCGCUAUGCCAGUAGCCUUGCCUUCUCAGCCCCAGAUCCCAGAUCCCGCUACGCUUGCUAAAGAGGUUGCCCAGCAAAACUAUGCUAAAGCUAUCAAACUAGCCGCUGUUAAUCAGUCUAUAGCCGCUUCGCAGUUCACUCACUUGAACCCGCUCAAUUACACGGGCGUGUCAUUGAACAAACAAGCACUCAAUGCCGUUCAGCAACAAAACUCGCACUCAGCUUCGGCGGCCGCGCACGCUGCCGCGGCCGCGCAAUUUCAGCGCUACCCGCAAGCGCUGCCUUUCCAAUUCAACGCUACCGCAAUGAAUCUGGGCUUGGCGAAUCCCUAUCAAGCGAUCGCUCAGCAGAAUCUGCUUAACAUGAGCCGCCAUCAGCCUCAAAUGCAAUUGAAUCCGUACCACCAUUUAAUCAGACAGCAACCGUACUCGACUAACGCUGGUGCCACCGCGAAUCAUCAUCAGUUGUACGCGAACAGCUUGUUGAACGCGCAUCAGUACCCGGUGACCGUGUCCGCACCGCCGAUGACGAAUAACACGCAGGCGCAAGCCAAUAUGGCGGCCGCGGCCGCGCAGAACAACAAUAACAACGUUGUUCUGCAGCCGUACAAAAAGCUGAAAACGAAUUAAUCAUUUUUUAAAAUUUUGUUACUUCGUUUAAUUUUGUUACGUUGAUUUUUUUGUCUUAAUAUUUUAUAUAUCGGUGGACCAGAUUUUUCGUGAAGAAAAAAAGAAAAUGUUUUGAAUGUUUUUAGGUUUAGUGAUUUUUUUAUUUUUAAUAACCGAUCUGUAUCGAUUUUAAAUUGAUUUCGAUCGGAUUAUUUUUUUGUGUUAUCGUGUAUUAAAGUUUUAGUUUCAUAACAGACGUUUUUUAAAUAUCGAGUUUUAGAGUGUAAUAAAAAAAAACAAUGUUUUCGUUAUAUAUAAAUAUUAAAAGUCGUGUAAUAAAGUUUUGUCAUAGAACGUAUUCAAGGUGGCAAUGAACAUUCGACCCGAUGAGAUAUUUUUAAGCUCGUGUGGGCGAAAAGAAAGUAAUAUCUAAACCCGUAAUUUCCAAUAGUAGAAGAGGCGGAGAGCUUAUAUCGCUAAGUUUAGAUUUUCGUUGACAUUUUAUAGAUACAAUUGUUUAAAUAGUAGUAUAAAUUGUAAUAGUUGAUUUCUACUUUUAAGUGGCAUAG